AUGGCAAUUCGACGAUCAUCAAUAAUACAUGUACAUGUAAUUAGGGAAAUCAAUCCCGCUACGCUUUCCGGUGCGAUUGAUGUAAUAGUAGUUCAACAACCAAAUGGUGAGCUUGCUUGUUCGCCGUUCCAUGUAAGGUUUGGGAAGUUGUCUGUGCUCAUGCCUCAAGAAAAAAAGGUCGAGGUGACCGUCAACGGUAAAUUGGUCGAUUUCCCGAUGAAAGUCGGAGAAGCGGGCGAAGCAUUCUUUAUUAUAGAAAUGGAAAAUGAAGUUCCACAUGAAUUGCAAACGUCACCACUUGCAGGUCCUAGCCAACCUUUGCUAAGCGAAGAGGAACCAGAUUAUCUUGAUCUGGAAGAAUCCAGCACUCGUAACACAAAAAAGCCAAUAACAGAUCGAGUCAAAAGCUUUGCCGCGACUGAUCAACAUGGAUCCAGUUCAGACGAAGAUGGAUAUGAUGGAGAUGUAGAGCCAAAACCAAAGACUUUAGUUGCAGAGCCUGAAAGUCGGUCUCACCUUGAAUCAAUUGUGGGCACUGAGGCUGUUUCAAAUCUUUUCAAAGAAUCAGACGAAACGCCUGUUGCCGAAGAAUUUACAAAUGAUAAUACAUUAUCGGAAACUGAAAAUAGAAUGUUUCCUAAGUCAGAAGAAAUACAGACGCCAAAUAGCCCUUCAUUUUUGGAAACAAAAAUGCGAAGCGAAGCAGAAAUUGAAUCUCAGCUUGAUUAUAUAGCAUCUGUAAAUCAAACCAACGAUAUAGAUCAAAAUGGUGUUUCUUACGAGUCCAAUAUAUCAAUUGAUCCUGAGUUGUCUCCACAUAAGCUAAACUUUGAUGAGAAAGUGGACAUGAUUCCGACCGCGGAUAACAAUCAAUCCGAAGAUCAGCAAGUCAAAUUAACAGAUGCAGAACAAGCCCCAGCGGAUUACGUUUUGGAAGAGUUGAACAAAUCUUCACGGCCAAUGAUUGAUCGUUCAUCAUCACUGCCAAUCGAAUAUUGGGAAAAGCCAGAAAUAUCUUUAUCCGAUACCGAAUUGGAUGGGACACGAAAGCCAGAUAAUCCAAUCGAACGCCGUGCAAUUCGAGUUAGUCCCUUGAGUGAUACGGAACUUGAGUACGAUCCUAAAAAACCAUCGACAUUAUCUGGAGAAUGGUCGUGGGGUUGGGGCGCUUUACCUGUAAGAACUUCGGAUAAAAUGUCUCAAUGGCGAGAAACCUCGGAGGACAAAGAUCGGAAAGAAAAUGAAGACGCGAAAGGCGUUGAAAUUGACGGAAAAUUCUAUCGAAUUGCUAUGUCGCUUUGUGGAAACGAAAAAUUUGGACACGAUGAAAUUGUUGACGAUGAGUUAUUCAGAAAGAAUGAAAUAACAUAUGAACAUUUUUGUGAAAAUCCGCAUCUAUUCAGUGAAAAGGCCUUGGUAUUCAAUCGGCAAAAAUGGUAUUUAACAUCAAUAAUUAUCGGGAUUUCAAGAUAUUAUACUUGGGCAACCGCAGCACCGAUAAUAGUGGCUCUCCUCGUAUUUCAAAAACCGCUCCCAGAAUCCACCAUUGCCUCUUUAUCGACGACGACUAGAAUGGAAAAAUUACAACCAUCGGAUCGUCGAAGGUAUAGUUUUGGGCGAGGUUGGAGCCGAUGGUUUCGCAGUUCCGCGUCACACAAUUCCCUGGAUCAGACGACGAAAUCAACAGAAGAAAGGGAAGAUAAUAACACGAAGCCAAUUCAAAGUCAAUUGCACCAAUCUAAACAUUAUGCAAAAACACUCAGAUUAACCUCGGGACAAUUACAAAGUCUUAAUUUGAAAAAGGGAGUCAACACCAUAUCAUUUUCCGUUGCUUCUGCAUAUCAAGGAAAAGCCACAUGUGUGGCUAAAUUGUUCUUUUGGGAUUAUGAUACGCAAAUUGUCAUUUCUGACAUCGACGGAACAAUUACCAAAUCCGACGCUCUUGGUCAUGUCUUCACUAUGAUUGGUAAAGAUUGGACUCAUUCGGGAGUCGCUAAGCUAUACACUGAUAUCCGUAAUAAUGGGUAUCAGAUAUUAUAUUUAACUAGUCGUGCAAUUGGUCAGGCUGACUACACUCGAGAUUAUUUAAGAAAAGUAGAGCAAGAUAAAUAUCAAUUACCCGAUGGACCAGUUAUAAUGUCACCUGACCGAUUGCUCACAGCAUUUCAUAGAGAAGUCAUAAUACGAAAGCCUGAAGUUUUCAAGAUGGCUUGUUUACGUGAUGUAAAGAAAUUAUUUGGUGAUCGGAAUCCAUUCUUUGCUGGAUUUGGCAAUCGAAUAACGGCAUGUGAUGCGCUAUCAUAUCGAAGCGUUGAUGUUCCAUCGUCAAGAAUUUUCACUAUCGAUUCUAAUGGAACGGUAAAGCUAGAAUUAUUAUCCGGGUAUAAAUCUUCAUAUGUUGAUUUGAGUGAUCUAGUAGAUCAAAUGUUUCCUCAUAUUGGAUCCAAGAAAUGGGAUACAGAAUAUAACGAUUGGAAUUAUUGGAAGCCACCAUUGCCUAAUAUUGAAAUUCCACUAGAGAUUUAUUUAAAUAAUACGCCAGUAUCAGCUCCAUCUUCACCUAAAAGUGCGCCUGGAAGCUCACCUCGAUUAGACAUGAUACGGAGUUUGACUGGAAGCAUAACAAGAUCAAAUGAUAAAUCAAGAACUGGUACCAAUUACUCGGCACCAAGUUCAUUGAUGCAUGCUAAUUUCCAAUUGGAUGACCCUAAUACCAACGGAAGACAUAAUAAAUUAACAACAAUGAAUGGUAAUGGCAAGAAAAGAAACAGGGGAUCUCAGCUUAGACCAUAUUUGGGCGGAGAUGUUGACAUGCCAGGAAGAAUGGACAUUAUUAUCAAUGAGGUUAAUGGUAAAAAGGAAGGUGAGGGAGUCGGAUACGAUGUUUUUGAAGAUGGUGAUGACGAAGGUUCAGACGAAGGUGAAACAACUAAUGAUGAAGAUGAAAACGAUAACGAGAGUGACGGUGUUCCUGCCGACAUCGAUCUACGUGAUUUUCCUUAUUAA